AGCUCAUUCAGAGUUGUAACAGCAGUGAGAGCGGGUGCCUGACGAGAGACGCACGCCCACUGGAACACCUAAACCACAUCACACUACACACGAGGCUCCUACAGUGGCCUGGUGUAGCAAGGGAGUGGUAGAUUAUGUUGUCCAGCCAUGUGUUGGUGGUGUGUGUGAUGGUGACAUUCAGCCACGACACCCAAGGCUCUGCUCUCCCUCCACCUGGAAUCCCCUCAACCAAUACUGAAAACGGACAAGUUAAUGACACAAUAGAGACGGCUUCUGUAAAUCCUCUGAGCAUGCCUAACAAUGUGUAUAUAAAGAGUGUGAGAAAUUCCUUGAACUGCGAAAAUAGUUCGAACACACUGGCUAGAGAGCUGUGUCUUGACAUGCAGAGGAAUGCAAACUUUCAGGUCCCGGAACAAUUACCACAUGAAGAGGCACGUGUCCUGAAGCAGUUGAUAGAGAGUUCUUCUUACCCAUUGUACUUGAACCAUGGGAAUGCGGUGCACAUCCUAGGUCAGUAUCACCGUCCAGCACCAAUCCCAGCACCCACCCAUCUGCAUUAUCACUCUGGCUCACAGGAGUUCAACCCAAACCCCAGUGUAGGGUUUCAACAGUCCCCCUCACACCAACUGCCUCCUUCCUCAAAUUCACUUCCUUCAACAUCACAGGCACACAUGCAUGACAAGGAACCAACAAUAAGAAUUAAUUCUAAACUAAUGACAAUUGAGGAACUGGCUCUACUCACUCGUAAAAAAGAACCAGAAUCCCAAAUUUUACUGAAAGAUCAGAACUCCCAGAACCAGCAUAACCCGCAGAAUCAUCCAAAUUAUCAACGUCUGCCUAAUACUCAAAGUCACCCUCGCCAUCAACCACAAGGAAUUGUGAGUCAGAAUACUCAGAAACUUGGUGACCAACACCCUCCCAGAGUCAAUCCUAGUGGCAAAUUUUCUACAACAAAACCACCAGCUGACGAUACCUCACACAGGCAGCCCUCAGUUAUAGUGACAGACACAGGUGCCUCAUCAAAACUUCCUCCAGGAAAUACCAUAAAUGUUCACAUGUUAGACAAUCUUAGCUUACCACACCAGGAGAGAAAAGCUGAUAUGGCUGACAUAUUAACAAAUCUUCAAUUUCUCACUGUCCUGAUGAACCAAGAAGAGUUACAACAAACCCCUCCUCAGAAGCACAUUCAUAAUGCUCUCGUGAUGUCACAAAACAAUGGCAGCAGUUUUAGGAAGCCUCCAGCAGAGGUAACCACAGAAUACCUUACCCAGUACCAAGUACCACAGGAUGAUGGGAAUCAAAUGAAAUUCCAAGAAUGGAGAUCAAGUUUGCCUCCUGGAAUUCCAGCCAUGCCUCACCAUCAGGCUGGCAUGCACCAGAUACAAGCACGCAACACGGAGCUGGACCAUAUGAAUUACUUCACUGACAAUAAUCCUUUGGGUGAUUCUUCUUCUCUCCCCACGUCAGGCAUCUCCAGUGAUAACUUACAUGAUAACCAUAAGAUUGUGAACUCUCAAAGCAAGGUAGAUCACAACCACCACUCCCCUGAACCAACAAUACCCCAUAGUAUAUCACCAUCUGCUACUCCUGUGAGCCUAACCACAGAGGGAACUCCCAACCAUGCAUUCUUUUCACCUGUCCCAGGUAAUGACUCGCCAAACAUCCAGACAACAAUACCUGUGUAUCAAGACCAAGCAAAUGCUCUGCUGGAGAAGAAUAAUCAACUGAACCAUAACAAACUUGUCAAUCAGUUUGAGCAUCAGAUGAUGUUGCCAGGCCCAAACACUCCUCCUCUUCAGGAUCCUGGAACACUUCUGUUGGGUCAACAGGGAUCACAGACAACAAUUGAUCAGAUUCAUGCCCUUAGCGUAUACCUUGAGUUCUUGAAAACGAAAUACCAUUAUGAAAACCAGCCUAAUGUGCCACCUCCAAUGCAACAAAGUGACCCAGUAAACAAUAUCAGCAAUGAGGACCUAAUUCUUGCCAGUUUGUUGCAAUCUCAGAUGUUACAGCAGUGGCCACCAGCCAAGAAGCUUACAGUAAAUGAUGAAAAUGAUGACAUUCCUUACAUCCCAGCCAUACACAGCAAUACAUUUAUGCAGUCAGAUGAACCACAGCCCCCUGCAUCGCCACCUGCAUCACCGUUAAAUAUUCGUUCUGGUAGUACGCCCGCUGAACCUGAAGAAACAAAAGGUCUUGAGCAUUGUGUUAAGAGUAAAGCAUGUUCCAUAUUUCUCGCAUGUCUAGUGGCAGCUGGCACAACCUCAGCCAUAGCUAUACCUGUCCUGGCUCCACUUCUUGGUUUUCUGGGAAGGCGACGCAGAAGGGAUGUCCGCUAUUUGGUUCUGACUCCACAACAUGCCAAGGAAUUCAUUGAUAAAUAUACACCAAGUUUGAACAGUAGGACUGUAGCUGGGCCUUCCAGUGACCUGGAAUACAUAUAUAAUUCACUGAUGAUACCAGACUCUAAGAGUUCUAGAGCAAUGACAGAUAAUAUCUAUACCUACAUUACCAAGAACAAAGAAUAUCUUCUCAAGACUGCAGAGAAGAAAGUUGAGAGUUUGUCUCAUAUGCCAAUAGCCAGAGAUCUUCUGGAGGAAUUGACUGAUGGUAACACAGGCAAGCUUUUAUCAUUACUGAAAAAGUUCUUGAUAAAACACCAAGAUGAACAGGCUAUGCCAAGCCCAGAUGAACACGGUGAACUGUCUAUUCCCAUGACAGUGCCAGAGAGAACAGUUAAUGGAAAACAAAACAAUGUGAAAAGAUGUAUCCUAAAUUAUCAAACUAAAAAAAUAAUCAAUAUGAGGACUAUCACUGACACAAAGGAUGAGUUGGACACUCAAGACUCUACUAGACCAGUCACUGAUUCAUUAUAUCCAGGUAUUAUCUCGGAGGAUUGUGUCUCUGAACACUCAGGACUAUCGGUGUCGAGUGAGACCUCAGAUGAAAUUCAGCAAAAGCAAGUUGCUGCAGUAACUAAUGACGGUCAUCAGAAAUAUGCUGCACCAAAAACUCAUCAAUCAGAUGAAAUUUCACUCCUAAAGGAGCAAAAUAUGCCAGUCCAUCCAAUUAGCAGUGGCGAAGAUCUUCCUCACAGUCCUUUAACCCCCAUUCUGGCAGGAGACCUCUCAGGGCAUCACAGAAUCAUCGGCCAGAAUGUUAGAUACAACAAUCCCCCUGAGGGAAGUGCUCACGAUUUCUCCUCACAUCUCAGUGUUCCUAAUAGUUCAAGAGUUGCCAAGAAUUUAAGGAAAAGUUUUCCCAUAAAUAAGUUGGAACCUUCAUCUCCUACAGAAUUCUCUCAUAAUUUUGAGCAGUCCAAUGCCAACAACCAGUUUUCACUUCCUCCAACACAUCAGUCUGAUAACCAAGGAGUUUUGGUAGGUCCUCCAAGCCCUCACAUCUCCAAUGUUUACAAACAACCUGCCCAAAAUGUUUUCCUGCAGUCACCUGGUUUGCCUCAACAAGCACAACCCCCCAGUACUGACAAGGUCUCAAUUUCCCCUAAACUCCUCGAGUUUUACAAUUCAGUCUGUAGAACACUCACAGAGCCAGACAUUCCUCUCACAGUUAUAAUCAACUUCAUAGCUCAAAGGUGCAUCCUGCUAGUGUACACAGGACUAAUGUAGUGACAGAAAAAAAACCCUGAUGUGCACUGAUGUAAGUUCCUUGCUGGGGCCAGAUUCCCCAUACAAAUUGGCUGGCAAUUAAGGACAAGCUUAAUUAUGUACAGGUACUGUAUUGUACAGUACAAUGUACAGUUCUACAACAUGAUGGUCAUCAAAGGUUGCUUGAAACGAUGUUAUAAUUUUUUGUUAAGACGAGUUUACUGUACUGUAUUGUGAAUGACUUUGACCUUGUACAGGUAUUAAUAAAACUGCUUAGGGAGUGUAGGUGUUGAGAUGAAUUGUAAAAAUUGUAACUAAGAGAGGAAUAUUAUUAAUUCUCAAGUUGUUAUUACUGUAUAAGUUAUUUAUUUCAUAGUCUAAUCAUAAUGUCAUUUGUUUUUACUGCAAUUUAUUAAUUUAUUGCUAUACUGUACUGUACUGUAGGCAGAGUAAACACACAGAAAAACAACAGCACUGUAUAUUUUGACCGUAAGCUUUGAAACACACAGUGCUCUUGCCUUUCUGUGCUGUAUGUUUGCCUACAGUACAUGAAAUGAUGUAAAAGUGGGCCCUAUAAGCAUAACUGUCCUUACAUAAUGACAUGUUAAAAUGGGAAAUUUGAGAAGUAGCAAUAAUUUUUACCAUUAAUUUGUUUUAAUUUAAACUGGUUGAUAUAUAGAGAUGAUCUUGUAGAUAAUCUAAAUAAAAAUUAUAAAUGAA